AUGCGUGAAUGUGGCUCCGGCACGAUCGGAGUGAACUAUGGAUUGAAUGGCGAUAAUCUUCCGACACCGAGUGAUGUGAUAAACCUAUACAGACGAUGCGGAAUAAAUAUUGUACGGUUAUUCGAGCCAAACCAUGGGGUUCUUGAUGCUUUGCAAGGUAAGAAAGAUUUGGUGUUGUGGCUAGGGACGAGAAAUGAAGACAUAGAGGGGUUUGCUACAAACCAAUUAGCGGCAAAUACUUGGGUUAAUGCCAAUGUGGUUCCUUAUUACAAGGAUGUCAACAUUGCUUAUAUCACUGUUGGCAAUGAAGUUGUCCCUGGUGAUGCAGCUGCACCUUUUGUUGCCAAUGCCAUUAAAAAUAUAAUGCAGGCCCUUGUCAAUAUCGGCAUUAAAAGCGACAUCAAGGUGACAACAGUGGUAGCCAUGACAGGAUUGGAAGUGUCAUACCCACCAUCAGCGGGAGCAUUCACAGACAGUGCUGCUGGAAUAAUGAAAGACAUCGCAAAUGUGUUGGGAUCUUCGGGGGCACCAAUAUUGGUGAAUGUGUACCCAUAUUUUGCCUACGCAUCAAACCCACAACAAAUCUCACUCAACUACGCGCUCUUCACAUCCACUGCCCCUGUUGUGGUGGAUGGAGAUUUACAGUACUUCAAUCUGUUCGACGCUAUGGUGGAUUCAUUCUAUGCAGCGCUGGAGAAGAUUGACGCUGAAGAAAUAAGAAUCGGGAUAUCAGAGACUGGGUGGCCCACCAGUGGAAAUGAACCAUUCACGAGCGUUGACAAUGCUUUGACUUAUAACAAAAACCUUGUGAAUCAUGUGACAAGUGGAGUUGGAACCCCCAAAAGGCCCAAUCUCAAAUACGAUGCCGUUUUGUUCGAAAUGUUCAAUGAGGAUCUUAAAGCGCCUGGAGUUGAGCAGAAUUUUGGCUUCUUUUUUCCUAAUAUGAACCCAGUUUAUCCCUUCUGGAAUUGUUGA